GCGACCCGACCCGUCACCCCGCAAACCGGUCCCCCCAAGUCCGACGUCCCCCCCGAAACUCCGCACCACUGAGUUCUCGCCAACUCGAAGACUGUGCGUGGAAGUCAGCGCUCUCGCCACGGGGGUGACGGGAAUACGCAAACAUGUUUUCCGAAUACGCCUCCAAGUUCCUCGCGCAAUCACAAUCACGGCUUUCCAACUUCGCCGGGACAGAAAACGGAGACAGGACAUCUCGACCGACAGACUGGCAAAGUAGAGGGUCGCGGCUGGGAGGUCGGGCUUUCUUGGGUAGGGGUGGCGGGAAUCCGUACCAGCCCAGCGGCUCGCGGUUUAGCAACCUCGCCACCUUCGGCUCCCGGUACGCUACCAACGACGCACCGUUAUUCCAGGCCACCCUUGAGCAUGACGACGACGAUGAAGAGGAGGCAGCGGAUUUGUUUGCGCUUCAACGGUCGCGGCGCGUCUUUGCUGCCAGUCGGCUCGAGGAGAGUGUCGAGACAGACAAUGACGAGAGCCGUGGCUCGCUAGAGCGGAGUCACGAUGGCGAGCGCUCGGCGCUAGGGGAACGGCUUCUGGGUAUCAAGAGUAGUUGGAAUGGUGCAAAGGGCCAUUCGCGCCAGGCGCCGGGACAAGGGAUUGGCCAAGACAACAAGAGGGGCCACCGGCGAACAUCAGGAGAGAGUGACGAAGACAGGGGAAUGGAGGACGUCGCCCUCCAAUCUACGAUCGCCGGCAGCGAACCGCCAGAGGACCUCCUGGUAGAAACUGUGGGGGAUAACGACCCGCCAGCCUUCCAGAAAUUCCAGUCUACAACUACGCCAGCGCGAUUACCAAGGAGAGACUCGGCCGCCGAUUCGGAACUCGGUCUUGCCCGCCCUCCUAGCUCGUUGGACACAAAUUUGAAUGGCUCGCCGGCCUCGCCUAUCAUGGAGGGCGAGAUCUUUAAGCAUGACGCCUUCUUCGCUUGGCUCUAUUUGAUUGCACAAGCAUCCCUGUUCUCGACCUUCGUGCUGGUCGUGCUGCACACAGACCGCGGGGACGGGCCGCUUGGGGAUACCAUCUACACUACCUUGCGGGCUUCCUUCCACCUGCUGGCCGUUGAUACUCUGGUGUCCAUCAUUGUCUCCUUCGUUUGGCUUGCGGCACUGCGCUCGUUCGUCAAACCGCUAGUGGCCCUGGUCAUGAUUGCGGUGCCGGUGAUUUUGAUCUCUUUCUCGCUGUACCCCUUCAUCUCCAGCUACCAGUCGACCGAUGGCAGCACGCGCCUCCAGGAUACCGUCAUGCGGUGGGCGGCUAGCGUUCCUGCUAUCUCUGCCGUGGUUUGGAUCUACCUAGUGUAUAAGGGACGGCACGCAAUCCAAUCGGCGGUUGGUAUCCUCGAAUUUUCGAGCCGUAUUUUGGCUGCGAACUCGGCCCUCGUCCUGGUUGGCAUGGCAUGCCUCGCCGUGGUGGUAGUCUGGACCUGGGUGUGGCUGUUCAUGUUCACAAGGGUCUUCCUGGGAGGGAGCUUCUCGAGCAGGCUCGCCAAAUUUAUCAUCAGCACGUCAAGCUGGUGGCUUGGGGUCUACUUCGUCCUCAUGUAUCUUUGGACUCUGUCCAUCAUCUCGGGGGUGCAGCGGAGCACUACGGCGGCGACGGUAUCUCAGUGGUACUUCCAUCGCAACGCGGUGCCGGCUCCGUCCUCUAAGGAAGUCGUAUCGGCCGCCCUCGGCCAUGCGCUGACGACCAUCUUCGGUACCAUUAGCAUGUCGACGCUCUUGGCCCUCGCCAUCCGACUUCCCUUGCUGGUGUUGCCUCGGCGGUUGGCGAACAUUCUCAGCAUGUUCGUCUUCUCGUUCAUCCCGACGUCCAUUGCUGCCCUCACGAACCCGCUGACGUUGACCUACGCUGCUAUCCACUCACAGCCGCUGGCCAUGUCGGCCAAGGGGCUCAGCCAAAUGGAUUUUCUCUCACCACAACGGCCGACCACGACACUCACACCGGCAGCGCUCCCCAAGAACAACAGGCACUCCCCGCUACUGCCGUAUCGGCUUGCAAAGCUGAUCCUACACGCGACGCGCUUUAUCAUGGCUAUCGCUCUCGGCUUCGCGGGCUGGGUCAUGACGGCCCGGCAGCUGAAAAUCGAACAGGCGAAUGGACUCGGUGUGCGGGGCAGCGCUUAUGCGUAUGUGGUGGGCCUGAUUGCCAGCUUCAUCGGCUGGGGCAUCCUCGGCGCGAUGGAGGGUAUCCUGAGCGGGAUUGUCGACGCCGUCGUUAUCUGCUACGGCAGCGAGAAGCGCAUGGCCACGGGCCCCGGCGGAUACUGCAUGGAAGCAGCGUAUCUUUUUGGGGACCGGAGAAUGGAACGCGAGAGGGAGGAUAUUUACUGAUUCUUUACAGCGUGGCGUUAUCACGGUAUUUUUAUUGGGAAUGGAUGGAGUUUGAGGUGGUCUGGCCACCGGCCGGGGGCUACAGCAUCCAGGGGACUUA